AAACCCGUGUACUGAAUCUGUCACUUUAUAUUUUAUCAGCUUAUAUUUUCCCUUACAAAUAAAGCAGUUGAAUUUGUUCGUGGGGAUAAACCUGUGUUAAACCAACCAAUUGUAAUACUGUUUGUGUGUGUGUGUGUGUGUUGUGACCUUACAAUAAUAUUCUAAAGUUACACAUUUUCACCUUUAACUGUCUAUAAUGAUAAUAAAGAGCACCCAGUCCAACUUGACGGCACAGCAGUUAAAACUACAUGUGGGCAAUACUGAUAAAAUCCUCUAUCACAGGUUGUGUAAAUCUUUAUCAUAAUAUCAGUUGUUUAUUCCUGGGAAUUAAAUACCUGACAGAUCAUGAAACUUCAACACAUCAUACUAAAAUCCAACAUGAUUCGCAAUAUUGCCCACAAUUGCCCAAUACACCCAGAGAUGUUAAAGGGAAAGCUACUGCGGUAUAAACACUAUGGCAAAAUCUCUGAUAGUGGAAACAUUUACAUUCUCAUAGUAUUGCUCACUCCUAGUUAAACCCCCAAGGACAAAAUAAGCUGCCUUUUAGCUGGUUACUAAUGACAUUUGAUACCAGAACAAGACUGAAGGCCAUAAAUGCAUAAUUCUUGACUACUGUAUGUCUCUUUAACAUUAGAGACUGAUCUCCUGCCCAUGAUAAUGAGAAAGUCAUGUGCUUUAUUUUGAAAUUCAAAAGAUGGCUGCUGCCGAUUUUGUGAAAGUGUCUGAAACCACCUGAAACACCUGAAAUAAAGCUAGAAUCUUCUUGGUUCGUGGGACAGAGCUGAUUUGGAGGGCAUUAUUGAAACAUGGGAUGGAUUUUUCUCUUAAUUUGCUCGAAUUGUUGACCCAGCCACACAGGUGCUGAAAUCCAGUGUCUAAAAUCACCAUAACACACACACACACACACACACACACACACACACACACACACACACACAGACAGACAGACAGACAUGCAGCCACUUCAUGACUCAUGCCAUUUGAUGAAGAUGCAAUUUAGCAGUGAGCUUUGCAGAGGGGGGAGAGAGUGAAAUACAGAUGUGUGAGUGUGUCUCUGAAAGAUAAAGAUAGAAGCCCAUAGAAAAACGAAAGGCUGGCUUAAGCUUCUGCUUUGGGUGUAAAACUGGGGGGAGGGAGGACGAGAAGCAGGAGAAAGCCAUUGUGGGCCGGCGGUAGAGAGAGAAAGCGAGGGAAGGAAGGAAGGCGAGAGAUGGAGGUUUAUUUUAUAAUAUGCUACUUGUAAUAGCAGCAUCACAGAAAGAGGGAGGUGAAAGAGGACAAAAUGCAGGAAAAACAGGACUCUCAGAGCCGAGCCCCGGGCAGCCUGGGCAAGGCUCACCCGGCUCUCAAAGCCUUUAUGUGUGGCUCUCUGAGCGGCACCUGCUCGACGCUGCUAUUCCAGCCUUUGGAUCUGGUCAAGACACGGUUGCAGACCCUGCAGAACAAUGCCAAGCCGGGUGCACCAAAGGUGGGGAUGUUUACUGUUCUCGUAAAUGUUAUUAGGACAGAAAAUGUCUUCAGCCUGUGGAAGGGACUUUCACCAUCAUUUGUUCGCUGCAUCCCCGGGGUGGGCAUCUACUUCAGCACCUUCUACUCCCUGAAGCAGCACUACUUCCUGGACCGGGCACCCAAUGCUGGCGAGGCUGUUCUGCUCGGAGCGGGUGCCAGAGCUGUGGCUGGUGUCUCCAUGCUGCCAUUCACAGUCAUCAAGACACGCUUUGAGAGUGGCUGUUACAACUAUGUGAGUGUGGCAGGGGCUCUGAGGAGUGUGUACGAGACAGAGGGAAUCAGGGCUCUGUUCUCGGGGCUGACUGCCACGCUGCUCCGAGACGCUCCGUUCUCCGGCAUCUACGUCAUGUUCUACAGUCAGGCCAAGAAGGCGCUGCCUCAAGAGGUGGCUUCGUCGGCCUACGCCCCGCUGGUGAACUUCAGCUGUGGGGUCGUGGCAGGUGUCAUGGCGUCGCUGGUCACACAGCCUGCAGACGUGGUGAAGACCCACAUUCAAAUCAGCCCAUCCCAGUGGAGCACGGCAGACGCUAUUCGCUACAUUUACAUGGAACAUGGCGUAGGCGGGUUUUUCCGCGGGGCUGUACCCAGGUCUCUGCGACGCACUCUGAUGGCUGCUAUGGCUUGGACUGUCUACGAACAGCUGAUGGCUCGAAUGGGCCUCAAAUCCUGAAGAGUAACAGUGUUGAGCCACAAUAAAACAGGAUGAAAUAUGAGGGGAUAACGAUACACAGUAUUUUCUCACUGAAAGCCCCACGAAAGAAGAAGAGGGUGCAGAGGAGCUCGUAGAGACAGUGAACCAGCACUACCAAGAUUUUGAAAAGAGGAACCAGGCGGAUAAAUGUCUGAAAAAAGAGAGUAAGAAUGCUGAGUGUGUGUGUGUGUGUGUGUGUGUGUUGAUAUUUAAGUGUUUGUGAAAAUGUGCCUGUUUGUGUCUGUAGGUGUGUAAAUUUGAGAUUGUGAUGUUACACCUGACACACUCUGAUGUCAUUCUUAGAGUGAAGUGACACUCCCUGCUGUGAAGUGAACUUAUUCCUUCUCUAACUAUUUAUGUUUGGACACCCUGAGGUAUGGCUGCCACUAAAAAAAAAAAAAUGCCCCUGACAGAGGGCCUGUAACUGUGCUGGGCAGCUUAGCUGCCUUUGACAAGGUAUUUUAAAAUACUGUCAAGGCAAACAGGACACUCAGAAAGCUGGCGCAGCGUACAUCUGCUGAGGUAGCCAAAAACAAAGCACUGCAGAGAGAGGAGCUCUGGCUUCUGCCAUAUUUAUGAAACUUGCACAAGAUUGGGCAGUGUUUCUUACUUGCCAAUUAAUAAGCAGACUUAGAUAUUUAAUUUGUUUCCGGCUCAGACAAUCACAACUACUCACACUGUUGCAUUAUGGGAAGAAAAUCACAAUAAAGCCUUUGUUGCCAUACUGCUUAAAAUGCUAUGCUGAGUUUAUAUACAACUGUGGUGCAUUUUUGACUCAGCAGAGUGAAACCAGAUGUGCUUUUUAAAGAAGUAAUGAUAGUAAGAAACAUAGCUGAAAGAUAUUCAGACCUGUGAUGGCAUCUCAGAUCAGGAUGUUGUGGAUUUUGUGGUUUUGUAAUUGAAAUGCUUGAUUUUGAGGACAAAAACAGCAAUGUAAUUCACACUGCUUCCUGUGUUUAGGUAAGCUCUUUUAUAAUUUGACUUUUUUCCAACACGGAGUGAACACAAGUGAACUUUUUAAUAACAGGGUGAAACUGCAAUCUUACAAAUAUUUCAGCAUUUGUUGGAGUGAGUUACCUCCUGUGAUUAAAUGAGUGGCCUGUGAGCAUAUUUCCAGAACAUUGAGCUUGCAAGCGAAGCUUUGCUCAAUCGUUGCGCUACUGCGUUCAUAAAAGUUAUACAGAAUCCAUGUCCCUGCUGGAGAGAUGUGGAUCUUGACAUUUUCCAGCCUCUUCCUGGCUUUUUAAAUAUUUGACUAAAUACAGACUUAUUGGUUGUAACAAAUGAUGGCCAUAUUUUUAUGUUGCUCGUACAGUGUGCCCUUUGCUAUAAAUAUUAUUUAUUAUUGUUGAUAUAAAAAAGAGGUGAUAUAUUGAAAAUGAUUAUUAUAUACAAGUGGAAAUUCCAAAUGGAAGAUCUUAUUAGUGGAGGAGACUGAAGACUUAAUUGGACAAAAUAGAUCAUUACGCAGCUAAAGUGUAACACACAAUGAAGAUUUUUCAAAUGUUGGUAACAUGACAGAAAGGUCAUUAAUGUCCAGUGUGAUCAGUGAUAUAAGAGGAAAGGUUGUGUAGCAAAAAGAGAAAUUUAAUGACAGGAGUUGAUUUCUAAAUGUUUGCUGUAACACCAACUGUGUCUCUACAUGUGCCGUGAUUCACACCUGUAAGUUUUACCUCGUCGAUUAUCUUCAUUGUCACACCACUCCUGUACUCUUCGUAGAUCCUGUGUUGGGACUAUAUCAUAUAUGGUCAUUGUUAUUGUAGAUAUUUGGGCUGUGCAUGUGUUUGCUCAGACAGAUGCUGUGCCUGCCUGGUUUUUAAUGUCAAUAAAUUUUCCUCCUUUUUGAAAAGUAAUUUUGACUUUGCUUUAUUGUUGAUUUUGCUUUAUUUAUAGAUAGCAACUAUUAUAAUAAUAAUCAUCCAUACCAACUACCGUAUCUUGGAAAUAUAGCAUCAGCCAUAUUAUUAACAAACCAGAGCAUGCAUGCUGCUACUAAACAUUGUCGAGAGCCACUUGAUAUGACUGUUGCAGAGUGAAAACCAGCCAUUAUAACCACAAUAUAUUAAAUAUAAUGUUUGGAACGCUUAAUGAGAUUAUGUGAAGCAUUCAUUUGCAAAUAUAUCAGAUUUUCAACAGUUAUUGAUCUUCUACACUGUAGAAAGUUUGGAAUGAAAUAGAUUUAAAUCAAAUUUAAAUAAUCAAAUUUUCAACAUUUGAUUAAAUAUUUAAAUAAUAUGUUACAAAAUAAGGCUGGAGAAUUGUUAGACAUUGAUUGUGGCUUAUCACAAACCUAUGCUCUUUAGUUUCUAAAUGGACUUGAAAGACACGUGGACACAAAAAAGACAACUUCAAGCUAAAAUCAAAACACUAACCUUGUCAUAAUAGUACAAAUGUCAGUAAUAAAAAAUAUUUGUACAAAAUAGAAAUUGAAUUGAUGUGAAUAACAUUUUGACUGAGCAUUUUAAAACAAAAUCUAACAUUUUACCUUUCCAGCAAGAGUGAGAUGUUGAAAACUUAAAUGACAUGAAUGAGAAUUAAAAGCAGAGGAAGUUGAGUUUCUCCUUACAGUCCCAGUUCUCCCACACUCCCUCUUUGGUUAAAGCUCCACAGCAUUUCCAUAUUGGACACUGGUGGUCCUGAGCUCCUCCUUGGGGCCAGGCCUGGUACACCAGAGGGUCACCGUUCACCCACAGCCAGCGGCCCUCCAGGUAGCGCAGUCCGAUCCACACCUGCUCAGUGAUGUUGUCGUGCUGGAUCUUGCUCAGGGCCAGAAGGUGCUCGGUCUCAGAGAGCAGGCUGGUGAGGUCAGUCUGAUGCUCUCUGCAGUGCUCCAGAGCCUCCUCCCAGGUCUUCUUCACCUCCACCAUGAUCAGGUUCAAGCAGAAGAAAUGAAUGUAAUUGUUUUGUCCAGGAGUCCAGUCAGUGGGGCUGUUGGGAUCCCUGUAGAGACCGAUCCAUCCUGAGCCGGUCUGACUCUCAGCCCUUCUGAACACCUGAUCCUCCAACUCACUGUUGAUGGGUGAAAGGUCCUGAGACCUCUGACAGGGUUUUACUGUUGUGAUGAAGACGUGUUUUGCAGACAAACUGCACACACUUGUAAUGAUGAGCACUCUGGAGAGAAUGAUCUAAAUCCUGGUUCAGUCUCCUUCUGGGAGGACUGAGAUCGUAGUUUUGUUCUCUUCCUCUCUGACUGAGCUGGUGACAGAAUGAACGUUUGCAUACGUAUAAACAAGACUUAAGAUGGCUUUUCAGACAACUCAAAUGUGUCUGCAAAACAAAUCUUCUCAAGAUGGACAUUCAAAUGUCAUUUUGAGAAGGUCGUGCUGCCGUGUGUACCCUUAAAGACAAACUAAUCGGAACAAUAAAAAAUAAACAAUUUAUUUGUAUGGUAACUUACUUUGUGUUAGUUUGCGUUUGAGAACACACUGCUGGCUUAUUUAUUCUUUGAAAUAUAGGCUUGAUCUACCCUGUUUGCUUGUCAUCUUUGUCAUGGUUUGAGGGUUUGUGUAUAGUUAUUUCCUGUCUUAUUUGAAAUAUUCUCCUCCCCUCAUGUGUCUGGUAGUUUUACUUCUUACUUCUAGAAGUAAGAAAUUUCACGUGUUCCUGCAGUGUUUCUUGGAUUUAUUUAUUCAUAUAUUUAUUCAAAUCAUAUUCAUAUUGUACGUCUAAUUCUGCAACAAAGAGAUUUCAGAAUAUCAAAACACUGAUGUUUUGACACAAUUUAUCCACAGGCCACUUGUUCAAUUCUUGCUCCAUUUGAUCUGUUUUUUAACACUUUUGUUCAUUUCUCAGUGGGCUGAAAAAGUACCAGUAAAUCAUGAUUUAAUGUACAAUUUACCAUAGUUUUCAAACUUUACUACAAAACCAUUUACUGUCUUACCUCACAGAUUCAUUCUCACACACUGAUUAUAGAAGCUUCUUUGAUAGGCUCUAAAUACCCAUCAAAUACUGAAUUGCCAUGAACCAAGACCACCCCAGUUUUAUCCUUUUUACUUUACGUAAUUUAUCCUCACGCUUUCUCAGAAUUUCUCUUUUUCUCAUUACUACUAGUCUGAGAAACAACAAUAGGCUAAUGGUGUAGACCACCUUCCUGGAAAAGUCAGCAUAGUUCAGAAACUGAACUGUAUCUGUAAACUGUAACCAUUACGCUUACUCAUAGUUUCUGUCUGACACCGAGGGAUUUAUAAACCCCACUGCUACUAGAGAAGUUGAAUGCAACAUGCUGGACAUUAUUCUUAAGUAUUUUUAAGUGUACAGUGAAGAGUAAUGGUUUGUGGAGGCCAUCAUUCUGCUUCUUUGGCUUGUUGAUACAACCCUGGAUUAUUUGUUGUUUAUAUUUUAGAAAAUAAAUGACUCAGCAGCACCUCAAAGUUUAAAGGAGUUAUUAGGUUGUAUGUACAUAAUAAACAUUUUGGCCACGAUUCGCCACAAAAGAUCAUUAGAUGCAGCUGAAAAAUAUAGAAAAGUCUAGUAAGUGGACUUUGAGCUACAUUUUUUUUUUUGUCAAACUAGAAUGGAUGUGUCAAGAUUUAGGGAUAGUCCUAUUAAUAGGAUAAUAAUGAUAAUAAUGAUAUUUUAACAAGUUAACUUGCUUUGAAUAUGAAUGUGAUUUUAUUUUGCCAAAUUUUCCCAGCCGUUUGAACAUCGUAGUAGCUAUACUGUAUAUUACAACAUACUAUAUUAUACAUCUGCUGUAUGCAUCGUUCAUGUGCACUUUCUAUGCGAGAGCUCUGGUCUGUACAGGGUCUGUUUUUUCCUGAGCUGAGCUGGUCCAUUUGUGCGAAGCGUACCUGGCAGGCCAAACUCAGGGCUUGAUUCAGCCCCCUGUAUGCGGAAGUAAAUGUCACUAUAAAUGUGACGUCUCUUCCUUUUCCGUCCUCUUUUACCAUGAGGUGCUGCAGGUCGCCGUACUGCGGUGUCUCGCGGUGAGAACUCUCCUACUAAACUCGUAACUCAAGGAAAGUGGUCACGAUGUCCGGAAGUCUGGCUGUGCUGCAGAUGAAGGAGCCGGUCUGGGAGGAGCCAACCUGGACUUCCUGGAGCAGUAUGUCCACAAGAGGAAUACUGAUGUUGUGUAAAUUAUUAACCUGACUGCUGGCAGCCAGGGCCAUUGUUGCCAUUGAGAGUCCAGCCGAUGUUUGUGUGCCAUCUCCUCCAGAAACACAGGACAGGGUCACCACUCUGUGGGUCUGAUGUGCGGUGGAUGUUGGCCAGAGCGGUGUUGAGGAUGAGGGGGACCAUCUCCUGGGAGCACCCCUGGGAAGUCAUGCCUAAUCUCUUCUUCUACAGAGACCCAGAGGAGAGGACUGGAGUGCCACUGAAGGCUGGUCUGCAGCUCCCACUACACUGGCCUCAGACUGGGGCGGUGCUAGUUCUGACUGGUCCGAAGUCAUGUCCGUCAAAAAAAACACAUGAAAAUGCAUAGCACUAUGAGCUGAGAAAUCAAUAAAGUUCCCUUGUUGUUUA